ACCGUCGCCGAUACGGGUCUCGUGAACGUUGCCAUCGCGAUCGCCGUUACCGUCGAAAUCGUCGCAGGUAUUUUGUCCCCCCCCCCCGGUUAGGUUCAAAAAUUCGGUCAAAAAGUGUCGCCAGUGAAUAUCAUCAUAUCAUCACAGCCGCAAACACCGCCGCGACGAUGAUCCCGCACAAGUGACAGUGACAGCCGAAUGUACACAAAUCGUAAGUGUUUCGUGCACGCCCGUGCGUUUUCUAGUGUUAUACCUAUUAUUAUAUACCAUAAACACGUAUAACCACGGACGCAGUAACCGCCCUGUCCGUCGCGUUUGUGUCGAUCGGUGUAAUGUAUAAUAAUAAUAAUAAUAAUAAUAAUACCGUCAAACGUUAACGAUUCCGGCGGAAUCUGCUACAGCACAUCCGGCACCGGUAAGACUCCACCGUCCAGACUCGCACGGACAAUUGGAUCCCACCACCCGCACGGAUACGUCUGACUUUUACGGGUGUGCCUGGUCGAUGCCGAUUUGGCCGGGAAUCAAAUGAAACGGACUGGGUGAACUGCGUGCGGUGGAGGCGAAUGAAUGAGGCGAUAAAUAAUAUCUACGCAAUAUCAGCCCCCGGUGGAGUAUGAAUAAUUGUAGAUCUGAGAUCGCGAUGCUUAUCACUAGUACUAUAGCUGUUCAAUUACAUUUAUAAUCCUUGGCGGAUAACCUUCGUGCGUUUCAGGGAAAUGGUACCAAAUUUGUUCUUAGUUGCACUAUUUAUCAAUGUUCCCGAUUUAUGGGCCUCAGACAGACGGCACAGUCGUCACGCAUCGGUCGGCGGAGGCAUGACGAACCAACUCGAUCCGAGAAACACGGCUGCAAUAAAUACCACUGCUUCAAGAAAGUUCUUGCAGGAAUUUCUACAGGAUAUCCCUCCACCAAUUAUUGGCCCAGUGUUCGAUAAAACUGUGCCAAAUAACGUGACUGGGUUAGUUGGUAGAACCGCGUACUUACAUUGCAGAGUCAAGAACUUGGGCAAUCGAACCGUAUCGUGGAUUCGACAUCGGGACAUACAUCUUCUCACAGCGGGAAGAUACACAUAUACAAGUGACCAACGGUUCGAAGCCAUUCAUGAACCGCACUCAGAAAACUGGUCGUUAAGAAUAAAAUAUCCACAGAAAAAAGAUUCUGGUAUAUACGAGUGCCAGAUAAGUACAACACCGCCCAUAGGACAUCCUAUAUACUUAACCGUGUUAGAACCAACUACUGAAAUACUGGGAGGUCCAGAGCUGUUCAUUGAUCAGGGUAGCACGAUAAACCUCACCUGCUUGGUGCAGUUCGCACCGGAACCUCCGCCGACCGUUGGCUGGACGCACGAAAAACAACCCAUAAAUUUCGAUUCUCCACGAGGCGGAAUAAGCCUGGUAACGGAAAAAGGGUCAACCACCAGCAGCAGAUUAUUAAUUCAAAAGGCGUCGUCUUCAGAUACUGGCUACUACUCUUGCGAUCCGUCAAAUGCAAAUUCGGCCACCAUCAGGGUUCAUAUAUUAAACGGUGAACAUCCGGCCGCGAUGCACCACGGCCAGGGCAGCAUCCCGCUAUGCCCGCCGAUUGUCAGCGCCAUGAUCGUUCCGUUUUUGCUCAUCUUUACUGCCAGAGACCUAUAGUACCGACAACGUACCCGAAAUAUUUAAUAUUAAUAACAUAUUAUUAUAUUAUAUUUAAGUGUAAUAACAUAACGAUACAUAGAAGGAAAAAUGUUUCUGAUUUAAAUGUAAAAUCCUAUCAUAAUAAUAUUAUUGUAUAGAUAUUAUAAUAUUCUCUAGUGUACACUCGUCGAGCAAUACGCUCAACAACGUCGACGAUGCAGCGGACGAUUUUGACAUAAGGUUUUAUGUUUUCUCUUGGGUCACUUACGUAUAUAUAUAUAUUAUAUAUAUUAUUGCAUCGUCGCAUACGCGUGUCCAUUUUGUUGAGCUGCUGCGCACACAACACACAAGUAUAUAUUUUAUUAAUAGUAUUAAAAUACCACGUCUGUUAAUGAUUUUUUUUUUUUUCGUUACCCAAAAAUAA